GCUAACGUAUACACGUGUCCCGUGUCAGUCGGUACCAAGGAACGAACAAGACGCACCGAGACUUGACAAAAGUCACUCAAUCAAUUUUCACCAAAACUUUCCAAUCACACUUGAAGUUUCACCUGUUUUCCCAUCAUUUCUACGUUUUACUUCAUCAGCUUCGGCUGUCGUUGUCGUGCUUGGGCCUUCGUAUUUUGCGAGCGUUUCAAUCGUCGUGAUUGUUGGUAUUGCGCGAUUCAUUUGAAUGUGACCGGUGCAUGGACCUUCGGGCAUCAAAUUCAAAAAUCGUGAUUGACAAUUCGCUUAUGUCUCUUCAUCUCGGGAUGAAAUACUGUUAUCAGUGCAUGCGAUAACGUUAUGUCUGCCCAAUGGGCGAGUCUAAUUGAAACGUGUUGUCUACGUGAAAUUGAAGUUGAGUGAAAUCGUGAGCCGAUUCUGCCGGUUAAUAAAUGUCAUGCACCUUAAUUAAUCGUUAAGGUGCUUUGACCCGUGGCUUAAACAUCAGUGGGGUUAUGCAGUUACAAUAUUUAUCAUUGGAUUGCCUCAGCGUCUCUGUUGAUUGUGAGAUAACACCUAAGAUAAUGGAUGAUCGAACUACGCCCAAUCCACCAACACUGCAUAAUCGAAGUUUUCUUCAUCGCAAUGGUAUCAUCGGAGUGAAAGACUGUAAAUUGGAGGGUCUGGCCUUGAAGCGCAAGAGUUUACCACUACAAUUGAUUCCAACUGAUAUUGUCACCAUUGAAAAUGGAACGCACAGUGUCGACGAUGUGUCAAUCACACCGAUCGUCAGCAAUUCCUCGGAACAAUUGAAUUUCAAGGUAUCUGAUGGAGAACCCUCGAAUGAAGAUAUAAAUAGCCCUGGAGAUGUGAUUGAGGAGACGAGAGACAGUGGAAAUGGAGAGGCGAGUAAACAAGAAGUACCAACGAUAGCUCCAGCGAAGUCUGUCGAGGAUCUCGCGAAUAAAGAGGACGUUGACACAACAGUUUCGUGGGAAAAGUUGAAUUCCGAGAUUGUUGAGAGUACAUGUCAAAAGAAACCCGUUGAAAAUAACGCUGCAGAUUUAAAUGACAAUGACAAAUUACUGAGUACAAAAGUUCAUUUCAAGGUAAAACCCAAGUGGGGGUUUACGAGAACUGUUAUGCGUUAUGUGCCAAACAGAGCAAAGAGGUUUAAAAAAAUGAGUAAAACGAGACAACGAAAAAUUGAAACGAGGGAUGAGGAUUGCUCGUCUGGAAAAAUAUCACAGCCGACGAAUUUCGUUUAUCUCGCGGGUACAGCACGGUGGACAUGGCUGAAUGAUGCGCCUUUCAAUUCGCAUUCUGGGCCUGUUAUAACUCACGCGGAAAAAUUCGCGAGACUACCGAUGGUGGGGGAGGAGGACGAAGCGAACAAACAAGUUGGAAAUAAUGAGCAAAAAAUGACUAGAAGAAAUUCUGAUAGUCAAGAGCAAACAGUGAAGAUCAACGAUGAUAAUUGCACCAGACCUCGUGCGAAUUCCAGCUUCUUGUGGAGUAAUUUAUCGAAGAGACCUGUUGAAGUGGCCCCGGAAAAUGAUGAACAAGAGAAUUAUGACGAUGUGGGCGUAUCAGUUGUUGCUCAUGAAAAUUCCGAGGAUGUGUAUGAUGAUGUGGGUCCACCCGUGACAUCGGUCGACGUAUCACCUUCCGGACUUGAUUACGACGAUGACGAUCAGGUUUACGAUGACGUCAUGCCGCCGAGUAAUUUAUCCAGCGGGAUGUGUAAUGGGAUUGAUGGAGAGGGGCGGCCUGGAUUCCAGGGAGAAAGAGGUGAUGCGGCAAAUUGCACUGUGAAUUCGGAUCAAACUCUCUCUAAUAAAAAAGAGGACUCUGAGGAGGACUUGAUUUAUAUGAGAAAUGAUUAUUCCUCGGUCGACGAGGAUGCGGAUGACGAGGACACAUUGUAUGAUGAUGUCGGGGUAAAUUGCCAGUCUCGUGUCAACAGCCUUUAUGCUGGCUCAACUAUUGUCUCACAUGUUGAAUCGAGUUGUGGAAAGGAAUCCGAGUGGGAGGAUCUGGAGGAAUCAAUGUCUGAACAUGUAUCGACAAACAAUCAAGAGGGUCAGUCCACCCCGUCAAAAAAAAAAACAGGCAGGUGGACGAGAAAAGUGAGACGGCAGAGAUCAAAGGCACUGCGUAAAAAUUCAUCGCGGACCUCCAGUCAAACAAUUCGAGUCUCCCGAGAAUCAGUCGUCUCUGUGGCUGUCAGCCUUGGUACGGGAUCGGUUCUCCUUGUUGGAUCGGCUGAAUCGUCGGGUGGGGCGAGCACGGGGGAAACGUGGAGAGAUUGUGGUGCGACAAAUGAUAAUAAUGGUAACGUCAACGGUGGUCCUAAGGAAUCAGCGAGCAGUGCUACACAGGGCCUGGUGCAACUGAGAACUGUCGAGAGGGAUGAGGCGUCCGUGGAUACCCAGGAGACGUCCUGUUACGUUCUUGAAGAUACAGCAUCUGACGACUCGAAUUACGAGACCCUGUGCUCGGAGCCGAGUGACUCGAUCAAUGGCGUUGAAACCAGUAUUGAAAAUUUAAUGGAAAUUCCGGCAAUUCAACAAGCACCGUCGAGACCCGUUCCACCCCCACCGAGAGAAUCCAGUCUCACGGAGACAUUUGGUAAACGUAUAAAGAUGUUGAGGAGAACGUGGAGUAUCACGAAAGGCAGUAUUGGACGUAUGAGACGAAAAACAUCGACAUCCAAUGAUACCACUGAGCCUAACGUCGAUGAUACUGGACUCAAGUCAUCGGGCUGUGAAAAUUAUCAGAGUGACUCGAGAAAGUCGAGUCAAGCCUUCAAUUUGAGGAAGCAUUUUCAAAGGAAUGUGUCGUCAUACUCGACAUUUUACCUCGAUAAUGAGAAUGAAAUUAAGGGGAAAAAUAAUAACGGUAGUGUCGAUGAAAUAUAUGGUAAUACCAAUGGGAUGAGUGAUUCCGAAUCCUGGAAGACGGAUGCACUCUCGAUAUCGAGGACGAUGCUUGAUAAUUCAGAUGAUUACAAUAUGCUAGCUGAGGAGCCGCUGUAUCAAUUCUAUGCGGCUGCCACUGUGAGAGGGGCUUUCCAGUCGGAUUCCGAUAGUAACUAUGGGGAGGACGACAGCAGUUCAAUAUCUUCACCCUCGACCUCUGAGUUGGGGAGGCCAGGGCACAGGACAUUGUGGUGUGAGACUCCUCAGGUCAAAAACACUCAGCUUCUCGAAAAAUUGACCCCAGACGAGAAAAAAAUCCAAGAAGCAAAAUUCGAGAUCUUCACGUCCGAGGCGUCCUACCUAAACUCCCUCCGAGUGCUGGUAAACGAGUUCCUGAUAAAUCACGAGCUUGUUUACGAGUCCCUCUCGGUGUCGGAUCGUGAGAAGCUCUUUGGCAAGGUUCCAAGUGUGCUGAUCGCCUCCGAGAGACUCCUCGGGGAGUUGGAGAGCACCUGGCGACAGGAUCCAAUGCUACGUGGUCUUCCGAAUGUGCUGCUUCAGCACGCCGAGCGGUGUUCCAAAAUUUACAUUGAUUACUGCUCGAACCAAGUCAGCAUAGACUCAACACUGAAAGAGUUAAAAUCGAGGAAGAGUAAAUUCCUGGAUACUGUCACGAGGAUUGAGGCGCAUCCAGCUUGCCAGAGCCUCUCGCUGCACUCGUUUCUGAUGCUGCCGAUGCAGAGGGUCACUAGGCUGCCCCUUUUGGCAGACGCUGUCCUGUCGAAAUUGUCUACCGAUCAUGAGGAGCGAUUGGAUUGGGAGAAAGUGGUGUCAGUUCUCGGUGGGGUCGUUACAGAGUGCAACGAGGGGGCGAGGACUGCUGGGAGGCAGAUUGAGAUGGAGACACUGGCCAGGAAACUCGUGUACUCAGCCAAGGUGACGCCAAUUGACCUUCGAGGGAGAUAUCUCGUGAGAAGUGGGCCUGUAACUCAGAUCAUGGCGAAAGCUGGGAGUGAGUAUGUCCUCACCUUCAGGAAGAAAUAUCAAAAGACUCCUCUGUACCUUCUCCUUCUGACUGAUUACAUCCUCGUGGCUAAGCUCAAGUCGAAUACCAGUCAGGAGGACACCUACACUGUGAUCGAUGCCUGCAAGAGGAAUCUUGUGGAGCUUGAGAAAGUGCCAGAUGAUUCUCCAUUUGCUGGCAGACAUGCGAUGGUACUGACUCUGCUUGAGAAUCACAAUGGCAGGCAUGUCGAGUAUAUUCUGUCCUGUCAGAAUGGCACUGAGAGGGAGAGGUGGCUGGACGCAGUGUUUCCUCCAGUGUCGAGUUCUGUUGGAGAAACUCUUUAUGAAUCUUGGGAUUGCCCUCAGGUGAUGGCGUUGUACUCUUAUGCACCUAGUCAGCCUGAUGAGCUGUCUUUGCAACCUGGUGAUGUGAUAAAUGUAGUUAGGAAAAUGGCGGAUGGGUGGAAUCAUGGGGAGAAACUUGUUGGGGGCGAGCAGGGAUGGUUUCCGGGGAAUUUUGUUAAGGAAGUCGCUUCGGAGCAUGUCAGGGCGAGGAAUUUGAGGCAACGGCAUAGGCUACUGGCACUCAGUGAGUGCUUGUUGCAGCAGAGGGCUAAGCAACCGAUGAAUCCCAGUCGGUAGUGGGAAGGAGAAUGGACGAUGCCAAACGUUGAUUUGUCACGUCUUGAUAUCUUCGAAAAUGUCUGAAUCAAAACAUUUUCGCAGGGCAUUUCAUAAGCUACAAAAAAUGUUUGUUGAUGAUUUCUCCGUAAAUCACUCGUUAAUGGGGCAAAUGCACAAUCAAUUGAAAUAUUGGGGAAUUUUUGGGGAAUUGAUAGAAAAUAUAGAAUAUAAAUCCAUAUAUUGAUUCUCUGAAGUAUUCAAAAAAUUGUAUAUACAUGUGUUGCUAUAAAAUAGGAAUGUUUGUAUCUGUUUAAUAAAUUCAUGUUUAUGAAAAUAUCUUCGUAAA